AUGGGCCCUGUGCAGCUCUUGCUGCUCUUGCUGCUGCUCAGCAGUGGUGUUCUCACACAAGAAGAAGCACCUGACGGUGGAAAUCCAGGAUGUUCAAAAGAUGCAACCAGAUUUAAACACCUCAGAAAAUACGUUUACUUAUAUGAAGCAGAAACAUCAAAUGGGAUCCCAGGAACAGCAGAUUCUCGAAGCGCAUCAUAUUUGUGUUUUCAGGUUGAACUGGAGGUACCACAGCUGUGCCACUUCAUCCUGAGGACAAUGCAUUGCUCCCUGAGGGAGACAUUUGGUGUUGACACUGAGGGAAGGGCCAUGCUGAAGAAGUCAAAGAAUUCUGAGGACUUUGCAAAUGCCAUGUCCAAGCAUGAGCUAAAAUUCAGCAUUCAGGAUGGAACAAAAGUCAAGCUGUACCCAGAGAAAGAUGAACCUCUGAAUGUACUGAAUCUCAAGAGGGGGAUCAUCUCAGCUCUACUUGUGCCAACAGAAACAGUAGAAAACGUAAAAACAAUUUCAAUGGAUACUGUCUAUGGAAAGUGUGACAGUGAAGUUGAAUUCAAAUCUAGAAAAGGAAAUGUUGCAGAAGAUAUUUCAAUUAACAGGGACCUCAAAGCCUGUGACAGCUUCAGUCCCAUCAGAGAUUAUGUCAGCCCUAUUGCCAUUGUAAAGGGACUAAACAUCCCAUUAUCUACCCUUCUAAGGAGCACUCAAUUCUGUCAUUACAAUAUUGAUGCAAAGAAAAGGCAUAUAAGAGACGCUGUCUGCAGUGAAAAACACCUGUUCCUGCCUUCCUCAUACAAAAAUCGCUACGGUGUGAUGACGGAGGUCAACCAGACACUGAAGCUUGAAGAUACCCCAAAGAUCAAUAACAGACAUUUCGAUGGAGAUGAACUAGAAGAGAAGGGACUUGCACUGGAAAGUACAGAUGCCAAAUUUCCCAGGCAGGGGGAUGCUGUUCUGAAAAUCCUUCAAGAACUGCAGAAACUUACAGCUUCCCAGCAGAACCAGCAGAGAGCAAGACUCUUUUACAGAUUUGUUUCUGGACUCAGAAGUUUACAUAGCACCACUCUUGGCUCUCUUAUACCAAAGAUGAUGGAAACUUCAAGUGCCAUCACAGUUCAGGCCCUGACUCAGUGCGGGACUCCAGAGUGCUAUGGUGCAGUCCUUCAAAUACUGAGAACUGGAAACGUGAAUCCACUUGUGGUAGACCUGGUCACAUAUACCCUGGGACUAUUGCCUUCUCCAACUCCGAAAAGAAUACGGGAAAUUCUUGACAUGGCCCAGUAUCAGCCAAGUAGAGCUUCUUUUUAUGCCUUGAGUCAUUCUGUUACUAAGUUCUUCAAUGAGAAGAUGAUUGUGACAGAUGAAAUAACAGAUGUUGCAGACUUCAUGGUAUCACUGCUUGGCACUGAUUGUUCUGGGGAAGAUGAACUCACAUACCUCACACUUCGGGCUAUUGGAAACAUGGGUGCAGUAAUGGAGAAAGCUAAACCCAACCUGAAAUCUUUUCUUAAGACAUGUAUGAGAAAUGAAGCUGCAUCACUUUCAGUUCAGAAAGCAGCCAUCCAGGCAUUCAGGAAAAUGACUGUUACUGAAGAGGACCGUUCGGCCCUUCUGAAAGCAUUCCAAGAAGGGGAUGCACCUACAGAGAAACGUCUAGCAGCCUAUCUCAUACUGAUGAAAAAUCCUUCCCCAAGUGACCUUGCAAAGAUUUUGAGAGUCCUCACAAAGGAGAAGAAUGAGCAAGUGAAAAGCUUUGUUGCCUCACACAUUGCCAACAUCCUGGACUCUGAAGAAGUAGGCAUUGAAGAUCUAAAAAGCCGAGUUGAAGAAGCUCUUAAAGGAAACCAGGUUCCAACAGCCAAAGAUUUCAGAAAAUUCUCACAAAAUUAUCAGAUUUCCAAAAGAGUUUCUGUACCUGGAGUUGAUCCCAUCUCUGCCAAAGUAGAAGGAAAUGUGGUAUUUGAUCCAAACAGCUAUGUUCCUAAAGAGACUAUGCUAAAAACCACCCUGGAUGUGUAUGGAUUUGGCCCAAGCGAUAUCUUCGAGCUUGGCUUGGAUGGAAAGGGGUUUGAACCAACACUGGAAGCUUUGUUUGGAGACAAGGGAUUUUUUCCAGAUGCUGCAAGCAAGGCCUUGUACUGGGUUGAAGGCAGAGUGCCAGAGCAGGUUUCCAAAGCACUUUUUGACUACUUUGGUUACUCCCACGAUGGCAAGCAGGAUCAGGAUGUCAUGAAAGGAAUAAUGCUUAACCUUGAAAAGCUGAUAAAACAAUUGGGCAACAAGGAAGCUCCUGAAGGAAGAGCAUAUCUGAGAAUCCUGGGAGAAGAACUUGGAUACAUGAAACUGAAUGAUUUCAAAUUGCUGGGAAGCAUGAUUUUAAAGAGUGUUAAAACUCUUCAGACUAUUCCCGAAAUGAUUGCACAAGCCAUCUCAAAAGGCAUUGACAGAGAUUUAUUUGUCCACUACAUGUUCAUGGACAAUGAGUUUGAGCUCCCAACUGGAGCAGGUUUACAACUGAAGUUUGCCUUGUCUGGAAUAGCAACACCCGGGGCCAAAGUAGCUGUGAAGCUUCAUCAAAAAAGCAUGCAAGCAGAACUCAUUGCUAAACCUUCAGUAGCAAUUGAGUUUGUGACACACUUAGGAAUAAACAUGCCUGAAUUUGCUAGAAGUGGUGUGGAGAUGAAUUCUAAUAUAUUCCAUGAGUCUGGAAUUGAAGCACAUGUUAGUAUGAAAGCUAACCAAAUGUUUUUCACUAAGCCCCUACCUUAAUAAGUGAUUUUUCUUCAGAAAACAAUAAUGUUGGGAAUAAAUGGCUCACUUUUCUGUUCCAGCAAUACGCUACAUUUGGUGUCUCCAGCAAAAACUGAAGAAAUUCCACCUCUGAUUGAGAAUCGAGAAACCUGGACUUCUUGCAAGCCUUUCAUUGCUGGUCUAAAUUUCUGCACCAAAUUAUUGUACUCCAAUGCCAGUGCCACAGAGGCAGCUCCAUAUUAUCCCUUGACUGGAGAAUCCAGAUUUGAAGUUGAACUAGUGUCCACAGGUGAAGUGAAGGAAUACUCUGCAAGUGCAAACUAUGACCUGCAGAGAGAGGGAGAUGACCUGAUAGACACCUUAAAGUUUGCUGUCCAGGCAGAAGGUGUAAAGCAGCAUGAGGCCACACUGACCUUCAGGUACAACAGAGACAGAAGGAUUUUGACCAGUGAUGUCCACAUUCCAGAUGUUGAUGUUGACUUUGGUACAAACUUCAGAAUUAUUGAUGAAUCUGUUCCUUCGAAGAAAGCGUAUACCUUUGUCUUAGACUUUAACAACAAGAAGAUUUCUGAAGUUACUCUUACUGGCCAGAUAAGAUAUGCUGGAAUGGAAGAGGCAAUGUUAAGAGGCACCAUUUCUAUUCCUCGCCUGCAAACUGAACUUAGAACUGAAGCAUUGGUUAAUUAUUCACCAACCAAAGGAUAUCUUCAGAUGACCUCAGAUGCAACAGCUCACGGAAACUCAAUUUCAAAAAGAGUUCUUCUCAGAUAUGAUUCUGAGAAAGUUGAGCUAGAGUGGAAUUCAGGUGCCAGUGCUGCUGUGAAAAAAAUGUCUUCUGGCUUCCCAGUUGACUUUUCAGACUACCCAAAAACUUUAGAGAAGCAUGCCAAUGAAUUGCUGGAUCGGAAAGUGGCUCAUACAGAUAUGACACUGCGCCAUAUUGUGUCACAAUUUAUCGUGGCAACGAACACUUGGCUGCAAAAGGCAUCAAAAGAUGUCCCCUAUGCCCAGACUCUGCAAGAUAAACUAAGUGGACUGCAGGAACUGAACAUUCAGAAAAUUAACCUACCUGUUAUCACCAUUCCUGAAGAACUUUUCCUGAAAAGUGAAGGCCGGAUCAGAUACAACUUAAAUAAGAACAGUUUUGUGAUUAAUAUCCCAUUGCCAUUUGGUGGAAGAUCAUCCCAUGACAUAAGGGUGCCACAGACUGUUAAAACACCUCCUCUGGUAAUGGAGUCAAUGGGAAUAAGAGUGCCAUCUCAGGAGUACAGAAUCCCGACAUUUACUGUUCCAGAAUCCUAUCCCCUUCGUGUGCCUUUAUUUGGCAGUUUAGAGGUCUCUGCUAAUGUGUACAGCAACUAUUACAACUGGACAGCAGCAUACACUUUGGCUAAUAGCUCCACAGAGAAAGCAGCCAGCAUAAGAACUACUUAUACCACGAAUGCUGAUUCAGUUUUUGAGCUACUUUCCUACAGUGUGAAAGGUUCUGGAGAAGCAUCAUAUAAUAGAAAUGGAUUCACCGGUGCAUAUGAAAAUGACCUGAAGCACAGACUCUUAACAUCAGUUUUUAGGUUGGCCAGGACAAAAAGUAAUGAACCUGGUGCAGUUGCAAACUACACCAUAUCACUUACAGCAUCCAGUACUCUGGGUCCUCAGCUUUCAUUUUCUGGUGAUAUUGUUUCUGAAAAGACAAAUGGCGUGAAUAUCAAUAACGUCAAGAUGGAAGGACAGCUGGAAGUGGCUUCUGUGUUUGCAAGAAGCAUUUACACUCUGUCAAGCUCAUACAAUGAAAAGAGACGGGUUUUAGAAGGAAAGUCAAAUCUGAAGUUGGAUUCUUCUUACCUUCAGGCUUCCAAUCAGAUAUCUGGCAGAUUCAGCGAGGAUUUGUUUUCCCUUACUUCAAUUUCUGAUGUACAAAGUGGACUGUUAAAGAACACAGCUUCACUGAAGUAUGAAAAUAGCCAGCUGAAAAUGACAUCUGAAACAAAUGGGAGGUAUCGACAUACUGCAGGUGUAAAUAAGCUUGAAUUAAUUUUGUCAAAGAAGAUGGCAGCACUUCGAUCUGAGUACCAAGCCACUUACAAGCAAACUCAGUAUUAUGCCUUGUUUGCAGGUUCUCUCAACUCCCAAGAUCUUGUUUUCAACACUGAUAUCUCUAUGACUGAUCAAAGGAAUCGAGCUGCACAUAAGUCAUCACUCACUGUAAAUCAGUAUGGUCUAGCCAGCAGCGCAACCACAAAUGUGCUCUUUAGUCCAUUGACAAUGCAGAGUGAAAUGAAUGCCAAACUUGAUACUGCUGGAGGCUCCAUGUCACUAUCCUCUUCUGGGCGCUAUGGUAAAAACAAUGCAAAAUUCAAUCUAGGUGGAAGAGUGAGCCUAACGGAAGUAACGCUGGGCAGUGAGUAUCAGAGUACAGUUCUGGGUAUGGACAACAAACAUGUUUUAAACUUCAAAGUUAAUAGAGAAGGUCUCAAGUUUUCAAAUAAUUUGCAAGGAUCAUUCAAAGAGAUUAAGUUGGAGUACACAAAUGACUUGAAUAUUCCUGGUUUAUCCUUAACAUUUGCUUCGAAGUUAGACAACAGCUUCAGCUUUGACAAGUUCCACAAGCAUGUUUUUGACCUACAACUGCAGCCUAGCUCACUUACAGCUAAACUGACUAAUAAUAUUAAAUACACCAAAACAGAAGUUUCCAACAAAGCAGAACUUCUUCUCGAGCCUCUGAAGCUGAACUUGGGUGGCAAUGUCAGAGGAGCCUAUGGAGCAGAUGAAAUAAGGCAUACCUACACCAUUGCAUAUGCUGAUCUAACUGCAAACUUUAAAACAGAUACAGUCGCAAAUGUUCAAGGCACAGCAGUGAGCCACAGAGUUAAUCUGAAUAUGGCAGGACUUGCUUCCUCAGUUACUAUGAACACAAACUGUGAUUCCAAAUCUUUCCGUUUCAGCAAUGCUGUGCGUUCCACUAUGGCCCCGUUUACUAUCACUGCUGACAUACAUACCAAUGGUAACGGAAAGCUGAUCGCUAUGGGUGAGCACACAGGAGACCUUUACAGCAAAUUCCUCUUUAAAGCAGAGCCUCUUGCUUUCACUUUCUCCCAUGAUUACAGAGGAUCUACCAGUCAUAGCUUGAAGUCUAGGGGAAGAUACUCUACCCUGCUUGAUAACAAAGUUCAUAUGCUUUUUACUCCAUCAGAGCAGUCAAGUGCUUGGAAACUGAAAAGUCAGCUAAACAAUAAUGUAUAUUCACAAGAUCUCACUGCUUACAAUGAUGCAGAAAAGAGUGGUGUGGAACUCAGUGGAAGAGCUUUAGCAGAUCUCUCUGUAAUGGAUACAUCAGUCAUACUACCGUUCACAUCUGAAGAAAUCAAUUUAAUUGAUGUACUGGGCCUCAGGGGCAGUGUGUCAGAGCCUCAAGAAUUCAGCAUCUCCGGCUCUGUGAAGUAUGACAAAAAUAAAGACAUGCAUGUUAUUAACCUACCAUUCCUGGAACAUUUGCCAGUUUAUUUUGAACAAAUCAGAGGCACCAUUCUAUCCACACUACAGGCCAUACAAAGUUACCUGAAGAAUAUUAACAUAGAACAACAUAUGAGAAAAUACAAGGAAACUUUGGAUAAUAUCCCACAGCACAUUAAUGAUUACAUGGACAAAUUAGAUAUGAAAAGCAGAGUUAUCAGCAUGAAAAAUAAUUUGGUUGCUUUCACAAAGGACUACAGUAUAACAUCUCAUGAUCUCCAAAUUAUGCUGGAAAAGGCCAUGGAUUAUCUUCAAGUAAUACUGUCUCAGCUGCAGGACUCUCUGAUACAAAUUGAGCAAUACAUCAAAGAUCAUUAUGAGCAGUAUGACAUUAAAGCACUUAUUUCACAGCUUCUUGACCAAAUAGUUGAAACAAUGACAGCUCUAGAUAACAAAUAUAAGAUAAGAAUUACUGUAGUUGACACUAUUCAAAAAUUGCAAUUUUUUUUUCGCCAGUAUUAUCCUAGCAAAAUUGGAAGCAGCACUCUGGCUUGGAUUAAAAAUGUAGAUGAUGAGUACAGGAUUACAGCUAGGAUACAGGAAAACCUGGAACAACUCAAGAUUCAGAUUCAGAAUAUUAAUGUUAGACACAUUGCAGAAAAUUUGAAACAGCAGAUUGAAAUGUUUGAUGCUAAAGAGGUUUUAGAAAAAUUGAAGCAUUCAUUACCAAUUAAAAAAAUUAAUGAAGUUCUUGAACAAAUCAAAGACUUUAUUCUAAAUUGGAUGGAGGAGUAUGAAGUGUCUGAGAAGAUCAGUGCUUUCCGAGGUCAUAUACACAAACUGAUUGUAAAAUAUGAAAUUGAUAAGCAGGUAUAUUUUUUAAUGGACAGAAUGAUAGAACUGCUUAACCAGUACAGAAUAAAAGAAACCAUCCAGAAACUGACAAACUACCUGAAAAAUAUUGAUGUGAAGUCAUGCUUUGAUAAAGUUGUUGCUUUUAUUGAUGAUGCUGUCAAGAAAGUGCGAACCUUUGAUUAUGAAAUGAUGAUAAAGGAAGUCAACAAGUUCCUUGACAUGGUUAUUAAAAAGCUCAAGUCUUUUGACUAUAACCAGUUUGUGGAUGACACAAAUAACAAAAUCCGAGAAGUGACCCAGAAAAUAAAUGAGGAACUCAGAAAUCUAGAACUUCCACAGAAAGCAGAAGCACUGAAACAGUAUAUGCAAGAUUUCAGAGCUGUGAUUUCAAAAUACAUGGAACAACUAAGGGACACCAAGCUUGCUGCAAUAAUUAGCUGGUUCAAGGAGCUCAUAAACUCAACAACAUUUGCUAAUCUGAAAGCCAAGGUAAAUGAACAUCUGGAAGACCUGCGAGAGAGGAUUUCCGAAAUGGAUAUUUCCCAAGAAUUCCAGUGGUAUCUUCAGAAGAUAAGCCAAUUCUAUAAUUCUCUUGUCAUAUACAUUUCUGACCAGUGGAACAUAGCUUCUAAGAAAAUCGUUGCUUUGGCUGAAGAGUAUGAUCUAAAAAAUUGGGCUGAAAAUUUAAACCAGUUUGUUGAAACAGGAUUUAAAGUCCCUGAAAUCAGAUUUGUUAUAGUCACUAUACCUGCCUUUGAGGUUAGUCUCCGAAGUCUUCGGGAAGCAACAUUUCGAACACCAGACUUCAUUGUUCCACUGACUGAUCUGCAUAUCCUCUCCUAUGAGAUAAAUAUUAAGAGACUACAGGACAUGAAAAUUCCAAUGAAAUUUACUACCCCAGAAUUUACAGUUCUAAAUACUUUUAAAGUUCCUUCCUAUACAAUUGACUUGAAUGAGAUUAAACUUCAGAUUGUGAGAACAAUAGACAAACUCAUGUCUGGUGAAUUUCAGUUGCCAGCAAUUGAUUUAUAUUUUAAAGACCUGAAGAUGAGAGAUAUGCCUUUUUCUGACAUUUCUUUCCCAGAAAUACAAAUGCCUCAGUUUCAAAUACCAGAAUUAUUGGUUCCAAAGCUAAAUCUAAAUGAGCUCCAGAUUCCUAACAUGAAGAUACCAGAGUUCCAGCUUCCACGUAUCCCACAUACUGUGACUGUCCCUACGUUUGGCAAAUUGUCUGGUGCUUUCAGAGUGACCUCUCCAUUCUUUACACUGUCUACACAAGCUGAGGUUCGUAAUACUACAGCAUCUACAAACAGUCCAGAAUUUGUGACCUCCCUUUCAGCUCAAACAACGUCCAAGUUAGACUUCCUAGUUUUCAGUUUUAUAUCAGAUUCACGUCUUUUGGCCCCUGAGAUGAAGCAGCUCAACCUUAAAAAUUCCAUGAAGGUCAACCACAGGUUCCUGAAAGUUGAUCACACCAACGAAGUGGUAUUUUUAGGGACUUCAGUAGCAGGUGAAGCUGAAACUAGAGCAAACUUCUAUACAACAAAAAAUUCAGUAGAACUACAGAAUAAUUUAAAGGUCAAGCUGCAAAGAAAAAUUUGGAUGCAGAGUGGAACAGCAUAUUCCCACAGACUGAAUAUUCCACAAGCUGAUUUCUCCAGCCAGGCUGAUCUGGUCAAUAAUAUGACAACAGAGGUAGAAGCAGGACACAUAUCAUUUACCUCCACUGGUAAAGGAAACUGGAAAUGGGCUUCUCCUAGUUUCUCCGAUGAAGGCACUCAUGAUUCACAUGCCACUUUCAGGGUUGAGGGACCCAUUAUUACAUUUUCAGCCAACAACAGAAUAAAUGAUAAGUACCUGAAAGUCAACCAAGCUAUGAGAUAUGAAUGUGGUUUCCUAAAUUAUGCAACACUUCAGAUCCAGUCUGAAAUUGAGUCACAGCGUGUGGGACGUAGCAUUCUGAACGUAAAAGGCACAGGACAGCUUGGAGGAAUGAAAGUAGAAUUAACAGGCUCUCACAAUGCUCGACUCAAUGGACGGAUUACUGGAACUGUAAAUAAUGAGGUUUCCUUCUUGGCACAGCCUUUUGAAAUUCGUCUAUUAACAAACAAUGAUGCAAAUGUGAAAAUCAGCUUCCCAAUGAAACUGGCUGGCAAAAUUGACUUCCUGAAUAACUAUGGUUUUGCACUCAUUGCCUAUAAUAUAUCUGCUGGCAACAAUGAUGACAGAAUUGAAGCUCAUGUCGAAAUGAAUGGAGAUGCCAAUUUGGACUUCCUAACUAUUCCUCUAACCAUUCCUCAGCUUCAGGUUCCAUACACUGGAAUCAAAACUCCCCAGCUAAAAGAGUAUUCAUUGUGGGAACAGGUAGGCCUGAAGGAUUUAUUGAAGACAACAAGACAAUCCUUUGAUUUAAAUUUGAAUGCUCGUUAUGAAAAAAACAGAGACAUGCAUGUAAUCCCACUUCCUUUAGCAACAGUGCAUGAAGCACUUAAUAAAUACAUCAUUCUCUUCAACAAGCAUUUUGAGAGAGGAAGAAACACCGCUUUAGAUUUUCUCACAAAGUCAUAUAAUGAAGCCAAAACAAAAUUUGACAAAUACAAAAUACAGACAUCACUGAACAAACUGCCACGGACCUUCAGGAUUCCAGGUUACACCAUUCCAGUUGUGAAUAUUGAGGUUUCUCCUUUUACUGCUGAGAUGCCAGCCUUUGGUUACAUGCUCCCAAAAGAAAUAAGCACAACAGGAUUCACAAUCCCAUUUAUUGGCUUUUCAGUACCAUCUUACACACUAGUCUUACCUUCUCUGGAGCUUCCGGUCCUGCAUGUCCCACAGGAUCUACGCACUCUAAAGCUUCCUAGAUUCAGAAUCAACAGCCCAUCAAACCACAUCUUAAUUCCUGCCAUGGGAAAUGUUACUUAUGACUUCUCAUUUAAAUCCAGUGUGAUCAUUUUAACUGCAAAUGCUGGGCUGUUCAAUCAGUCAGAUAUUGCUGGGCACCUCAGUGUCUCAUCCUCUUCUGUCAUUGAUGCACUGCAGUUUAAGCUGGAUGGUUCAACAAGUUUGACAAGAAAAAGGGGGUUGAAGCUGGCCACAGCAUUGUCCCUGAGUAAUAACAGAUUUCUAGGAGGAAAUCAUGACAGCGCUAUUAGUCUCACAAAGAGGAACAUGGAAGCUUCAGUGGCAACAAAUGCAGAAAUCAACACACCAGUUUUAAAAAUUAAUUUCAGCCAAGAACUUUCUGGAAUUGGCACCAGUACCAAGGGAAGAAUUACUCACAAACUUGCUUUAGAGAGCCUUACAUCUUAUGUGUCAGUAGAAACUUCUACAAAUGGGGAUAUUGAUGGAGUAAUUUUCACUGGAAAUGCCUUUUCUGGAAGUCUAGACCAUGAGGCAAACACCUAUCUGAAUGCUAACGGAGCUCGGUCAUCUCUCAAGUUUGAGGCCCACUCCAAAGCAGAUGGACUCUGGAACAGUGAAAUGAAAGAAAUACUUGCAGUUGAAGCAUCUACCCGUCGUGUUUAUGCAGUCUGGGAGCACAAUGGGAAGAACUAUGCACGAUAUACACCUCUUUUCACAACAACAGGGGCUCAGAGAUGCAAAGCAACCUUAGAGCUGGCUCCCUGGGGUAUAUCAGCAGAUCUUCAGAUUCAAGCCACUCAGCCAAAUUCCUUCCUGGACACAGCCUCAGUUAACCAAGUUGUCGUAGUGAAAAUCAGUACUGCAAACCAGAAAGCUGGCUGGAAGGGUGAAGGCCAAAUUCAGUCAUUAUCUCUCAGUCACGAUAUGCAGUUCUCAAAUGAAAAAUCAAAGGCAAAGAUUGAUAUUUCUGGAUCUUUGCAAGGGUACAUGGACUUCCUCAAAAACAUAAAGUGUCCCAUUACUGAGAAGAGCUUGUGGGAGAUCUUGAAGUUGGAUGUCACUACCAGUGCUGACAGAAAACAGUACUUAAAUGGUUCAGCAUCCCUCGUGUACACAAAGAGUGACGAUGGUUACUUUUUCCCCAUACCUGUGAAUAAGCUGACCGAUGGCUUCACUCUCAGUAUUCCUGAGUUACACUUAAAGGCUCCAAGCCCUGUUCUCAGCACUCCAGAGUUCAGAGUUCCUUUCACCUCUCUCCAGGUCCCAGCGUACACCAUUGAUUUGCGCAACAUAAAAAUUCCACAGACGCUAAACACAAUGCCAUUUGAUGUCAAUUUACCCACACUACCAAAACUAAGAUUCCCCAAAGUGAAUGUAGGAGCCAAUUACAUUACAUUAGAAGAAUAUAAAAUACCAUAUUUUGAGGUGACAAUACCUGAACACCAAAUAACUGUGUCUCAAUUCACUCUUCCAAAGAGUAUUUCUCUUGGCAGUUUCCAUGUAGACCUGGAUGAAGUAGCUAAUAAGAUUGCAGAUUUCGAUCUGCCUACAGUUACAAUUCCUGAACAGAAAAUUGAGAUUCCCCCUCUCAAAAUAUCCUUGCCUGCUGGAAUUUACAUCCCAUCAUUUGGUUCCUUGACUGGAUCUUUCAAAGUUGCUUCCCCUUUGUACAAUGUCACCUGGAGAACAGACUUAACAAACAAGAAGGACUCUUUCGAACAGUCCAUUGACUCUACCUGCAGCUCAACAUUGCAGUUCCUGGAAUAUGACUUGAAUGUUGUUUCAAACUACAAAUAUGAAGACGGUUUGUUUGUUAUGAAGACAACUGGCAGCUUUUCACAUCGUGACAUGAGCGCAAAUUACAAGGAAGACCUUACUAUUUCGGGAAUUAGCGUCAUGGACAAUACUGCCUCACUAGACAUCAUCAGCCCAACUUUUACAGACGUUCAUAUGCGUUAUCGAGAGACUGACAGGAGCUUAUCUGGCUCAGUAUCUUCACCUUCUGCUGGGACCUUGGGCUACAUCAUUGAAAUGGACACUGACAUUUUCACGGCAAAAGUUUUCUACCGAACUCGGUCUGCUCCUCAGAAGGACAUUGACGUAUUAAAAAGUGAGAUAUCCUUCAAGAAACCUGAUGUGAUUCAAAUGAAAUUCAACUGGAAAGAGGAUGCUGCCAAAGACUUGCUGUUGGGUCUAAAAGAAAAAGUACCUAAAAUGACAAAUGCAUUCUAUAGGUAUGUUAAUCGGUAUCAUAAAGAGCAUAUGGGACUGGAAAUUAGUGCUGCCACCUUAAAGAUGAAGAAUAUCAUGCAGAAUAAUGCUGAAAAAACAUACUCAUUUGCUGUGAAACAAAUAGACCAAAUAGAUGCUCAGCUCCGCACAGCUGCCAAUGAGGCCUCUGACAAAUAUCAGGAGAUGAAGGUCAAAGCUAAACAGUUAUAUCAGCAAGCAGCAGAUCAGGCUGAAGAGUUUGACUAUCAAAGAAUAAAAGCAAAGCUUUUGGAUGCUACAAUUGACAUAAUAGAAGAGUAUCACAAAAGGUUAAAACACCUAAUUGACUCAGCCAUUGAAUUCCUGAAGACCACAAAAUUCCAGGUCCCUGGGCUGUCUGAAAAGUACACUGGUGAAGAAAUAUACCUUAUGACCACAGAGAAGGUAGCAAAAAAUGCUGAUUUAUGCCUUUCAAAACUUCAGGAGUACUUUGAUGCCUUGAUUGCAGUUAUCAAUGAGAUAGAAGUCAAAGUUCCUGCUUCUGAAACAAUUCUUAAAGGUCGUAAUGUACUUGAUCAGAUGAAAAAAAUGCUGAAACAUCUGCAGGAAAAAAUCAGGCAGACAUUUGCUACUCUCCAGGAAGCUGACUUUGCAGGAAGGCUUAAGCAACUGAAACAAGUAGUGCAACAAGUUUUUCAGAAGGCAGAAGAAAUGGUUAGAAGCUUGCAAUCCAAAAAUUUUGAAGACAUCAAAUUCCAAACACAACAGCUGUACAAAGAUGCAAUGGCUUCAGACUAUGCACAGAAAUUGAGAUCCUUGGCAGAAGAUCUUAAAAAGUACAUUUCUCACUUUAAAGAUUUUAGCCAAAAGGCAUUCCAGGACCUUUCAGAAAAGCUGCACCAGCUGCUCCGCUAUGCAAAGGCUUUGCGGGAGGAAUAUUUUGAUCCAACUACACUUGGAUGGUCAGUGAAAUACUAUGAGGUGGAAGAAAAGGUACUAGCAUGGCUGAAGAGUCUAAUAGAUAAACUAGUGGAUUGGCACAAUUAUGUUGGAGAUCUUGCUGACUCAGUAACAUACCUGAUAGACCAAGUAAGAGAAUUGGUGGAAAACUACAACCAGGAAUAUUAUGACCUUAUAACUGAUGUUGAAGGAAAAGGAAAACAGAAGAUCAUGGAGCUCUCAUCUGCUGCUCAGGAAAAAAUCCGAUACUGGUCUGCAGCUGCUAAGAGGAAAAUCAAUGAACAUAACAAACAAGUCAAAGAAAAACUCCAGGAGAUCUAUGGGCAGCUUAGUCAUUCCCAAGAAAAGCUAAUCAGUGAGGCCAAAAGGUUAAUUGAUCUAACUGCAGAAAAUUACUCUGCAUUCCUGCAAUAUAUGUCAGAGCUUCUUCGCUGGUUUGAGCAAAUAACAGCUGAGAGCAUAAAGCCAUAUAUAGCUGUUCGUCAAGGAGAGCUUAGAAUAGAUGUGCCCAAGCCAUUUGACCGGCAGUCCAUUUACCAAAUGCGCCAAAAAAGCAGAGAGGCACUCAGAAAAAAAGUGGAACUAACACGCACACUCAUUCAGCAAGGCAUUGAGCAAGGCUCCAGGAAAUGGGAAGAAAUGCAAAGAUUCAUUGAUGAACAACUUGCCACUGAGAAACUGAGUCUUCAGCAGAUAAUGGAAAAUAUACAGCAGCGCAUGGAGACCUGA